UUGAGGAACAGAAUUAAUUUAAUUUUUUUUUAAAUUACAGUGCAUUUAUUUAUUUUUCAGAAUGUUGGAAGGUAGCAAGAUCUCAACUCGCUGUUUGGAUGCACCAAGUCGACGUUUGUUCGAUUUCAAAACUAAAGAGCCGCUGCUAAGCCUGGGGCCCAUUACCUAUCUGAAACCUGUCUACACGUUUGAAUUGGCAAGUGAUUUGGAAAAGUGCUUAGAUCUGAGCACUGGCACAGCUUCGGAAGAGUUCGAAAUGGACUUGUCAUUGCCUGACUUCAGGCUGAACACAUUUGCACCUAACAACAAACUAAAGAUAUUGCCAGAGACCAUUGAUUAUUCAAAAUUGUUGUCGUUUGAGACAGAUUCGAGUUUCGAUUCAGUGGAACGACUACCCAUAGCAGAACAGGCAUGUGUAAGCGGCCACCAAAAGGACUGUGAAUUGUACUUUAUAGCAGACGUGGAUGCUGUGUUAAAGGAAGUAAUCGUUUCUGAUAAUAUAGAGCCCCAAUCACCGGUGCAACCACAUUCUGGAAUAUUCAGUGGCCUAUUCAGGAAUAGAUUACUUUCUUCAACGAGUAUGAGAAAUUUCCUCGCCAAUGCUAAUCAAAAGAGAAUCAGACUGGCAUAUGAAGGUUGUAGAAAAUGCAAACUAUUAACUACCGACGUCGUGAGAUUAAUUUUGGAACAAAUGCACCAAGAUUUGCCACGGAAUUCAUCUGGCAUUUGUAGAGACCAAACUACUCCCACAAAAGUGAAUUUAGCUUGGAAAACAAUGAAUAAUUUUGCUCUUUCGGUAUGUGAUGAAAAUAUUAAUUAUUGUCAACCAUCUCGCAAGUCGGAAGAGUUUAACAUUCCUGUUAAAAAUGACAAUGGGGUGAUUGAUUCUCUCGUAGAUAAAAGUCUUACAAGCUGUGAUAAUCCAAUAGACGAUACAGUGCCUGAUAACAUUGAGAUGGGCUUAUUUGAUAACCUUUUAUCCAAGCCUCAUGAAGAGGAUCAGGAAAUAAUCUUACGGCCCGUGGAAGUUAACAACGAAAUCUCACCUAACGGGGAAGUGAAAUUUUCAGUUCACAACGAAGAAUCUGGUAAUCCAGUAUUAAAAGAAUCUGAGAGUGAGUCGGAUGUUGAACUACAAGACAGCUUGAUUGGUAAAACUGAAGGUACGCUAAAAUCUUUUCAUAAGAUGAUUGAUCCAAUAGCUAUAAAGGAGACUGGUAUGCAGAUAUUCCGCGAGCCGACGAAGCUUUUUGUUUUCGAUCAUUUAAAGAUAUGGAAGAAAAUAGGCGAAGGACGGAUUGAAAUUUGGAGGCAUCCAGAUUCUGAUAACUGUUACAUGCUACUCUGGGACAAGAACACAGGUAACCUACUUGUGCAUAUGCAGGUGGAUGGCAAGUGGAGCGUUAACUAUUUGACCAAAAGCAACAACAGCUGCCGUUGGGUGUACUACAAUUACGCUAACUGUCCAAAAGGAAUUCGCGAACCUUUGGCCUGUCGUUUUCGAGAUUCACAAGUAGCAUCUCAGUUUGUGCGCACUGUGACUAAUUGUUUAGAUAAAACCAGGUUUAAUUAAGUAUAUUUUAUAUUUUGUUGUUUGGUGAUCCAAUAUUAUUUUUUUGCACGUUUUCGAAACUCUAUUGUACAAAUUAUGUUAGCUGAUUACUGCUGUGGGCUCAUGUUGAGACACAAAGAAAAAUAAAAACCGUUUGGAGAUAAUUAAAUUAGAA